UCAGCUGCUAACAGCCAUGAGUGACUGAGAACACUUGUUAAAUAUAGCCCAGGCAGACUCUGCUACACUCAAAGCUCUACACUCUCCUGCCCAGGAACAAAGGGGAAAAGGCAGGGUCCUGGCACCUGACAAAGGCUAUAUUCCACAUUUCUACCCUCCUCUCCAUCUUACUUUGGAUAUCUCCAUUUGAAGGAAAAUCUGACUUUUCAGACAAAAGCAGCUCUGACCACCUCCUCUUGCUUGCUGGUCUCUCUCUCUCUCUCUCUCUCUCUCUCUCUCUCUCGCUUUUCUCUCUCAUCCUCUCAGUUUGUGAAAGACUCUGCCGGCCCAAACUUCGGGAGAGGACAAAGCUUGGUGUUCAUCUUCAGACGCCUCUUGCAUUGCCUCUGUUGCUUUGACAGGAGAGAAGAGGGGAAACAAGUUAUUAAAAGAGAAAAGUAAGAGGUGAGAGUAUAUAUCAUCUACAUUUGAUAUGUCUCUUUUUGACACACACAGUCAAGGUAGCUGAAGAACACAGACAUUGAGGAGAGACUUUUUACUCUGGGACUUGAUUCUCAGUAACUGAGAUAUUCCUUUUUGACCUGUCGUCACCUGUGAUGUGGUACCAUUGAGAACAGGUGAGAAUGCGGUCCAGGUGCAGCACAGCCACGGAGGGCCCAGACGACGGACAGAUAAACCAUGUCACCCAGCCCACCAAAGUCUUCCCAAAAGAGGAGGGGGAGAACACACCAGAGCUGGUGAAGAGGAAAAUGAAGGUCCAGCGAGAAGAGAAAGAGGGGAAGUCAGUGGUGUCUGGAUCAGCGAAAAGGCCCCAGACAACCACAGAGAGCAGCAGAGGACAAAAGAAGGCAGCAGGACUGACAGAUCUCUCUAAGGAGGACCUUCUCCGUCUGCUGGGAGUCAUGGAAGGAGAGGUGCAGGCCAGAGAGGAUAUCAUCCACAUGCUGAAGUCAGAGCGUCCACGACCCAAAGCCCUGGAGGCCCAUUACGGCUCAGCUGCCCCCAUCAAACCCCUCCAGGCCUUGCAGAGAGACAGCCUUCUGACCAACACUACAAUGCUUGGGGAUAACGUCUAUGAGAUGCCCAUGCAAGAGUUGGACCGGCUGGAGGACAAGCAUCGCGAGACGUACAGGCGUAUGCUGGAGCAGCUGCUGCUGGCUGAGAAGUGUCACCGCCGCACGGUUAAUGAGCUGGAUAGCGAGAAACGCAAACACACAGACUUCAUGAACAAGAGUGAUGACUUCACCAACCUGCUGGAGCAGGAGAGGGAGAGAUUAAAGAGGCUGCUGGAGCAGGAGAAGGCGUACCAGGCUCGUAAAGACAAAGAUCACAGCAGGAGGCUAGAGAAGGUCCGUGAGGAGCUGGUCAAACUCAAGUCCUUUGCCCUGAUGCUGGUGGAUGAGCGGCAGCUCCACAUUGAGCAGAUCGACCAUCAGAGCCAGAAGGUCCAGGACCUCAGCAGCAAGCUCCAGGAGCGAGAACAGCGUCUGGCCGCUGUACGCGGAACUGCCAAGGAAGACGGCCAGAAGGUCCUCAGGCUAGAGGCGGAGCUGGAGUGCAAAGCUGCCAAGUUCACCCAGGAGCAUGAGGAGAUGACUGCCAAGCUGGCCAACCAGGAGUCCCAGAGCCGUCAGCUCCGCCUGAAGCUGGCAGGCCUGGCCCACAGGAUCGAGGAGCUGGAGGAGAACAACAAGGCACUACAGAAGUCUGAGGAGGACCUCCUCGAGCUAAGGGACAAGAUCAGCAAGGGGGAGUGUGGGAACUCCAGCCUCAUGGCAGAGCUGGAGACCCUGCGCAAGAGAGUCCUGGAGAUGGAGGGCAAGGAUGAGGAGAUCACCAAGACUGAGAGCCAAGCCAGAGAGUUAAGGAAAAGGCUGCAAGACGAGGAGACCACCGGCCGGGAGCUGAGGCUGGAGGUGGAGAAACUGCAGAAGAGAAUGGUGGAUCUGGAGAAACUGGAGAGGGCUUUCAACACGAGCAAAUCAGAGUGUGCAACACUUCAUAUUAACCUAGAAAGAGAGAAAGGACUGGCAAAGGACUUGGUUGGUGAGCUGGACAUGGUGAAAAACCGUGUGAAAGAACUGGAGAACACCGAGUUGAGAUUUGAGAAGGCAGAGAUGGGCCUAAAGGAUGACCUGAUGAAGCUGAAGUCAUUUACAGUGAUACUAGUGGAUGAGAGAAGGAACAUGACUGAGAGAAUAAAACAGGAGGAGCAAAAGAGCGAUGAUUUAAAUAAAAUGUUCAAAACUGAGCAGAGUAAAGUUAUGGAGGUCACAGAAAAGUUGAUUGAGGAGAGCAAAAAGCUCCUCCGACUGAAAUCAGAAAUGGAGGUAAAAGUGACAUCUCUUACUAAAGAGAAAGAUGAACUGAAAAGUAAACUAGCAAGUGAAGAGGAAAAGUGCAGGGAUCUUAGCUCCAAGGUCGGUGUAAUGAAAAAACGAAUGGAUGGGCUAGAGGAGGCAGAAAAGGUAUUGUUAAAAAUCAGAGCCAAUAAGGACAGCAAGAGACCCCCAGACGAGGAAAACAAAUUCAAGGAGCUAACGCAGGAUAUUGAAAGGCUAAAAAACCGCCUCAAACAGCUUGAGGUGGUGGAAGGUGACCUGAUGAAGACAGAGGAUGAGUACGACUUACUGGAGAAGAAGUUUCGAAUGGAGCAGGACAAGGCCAAUGCCCUCUCUCAGCUGCUGGAGGAAAUGAAGAGUCAGACUGCCAGGAACAAAGCCAUAGAGAAGGGAGAGGCGGUGAGCCAGGAGGCUGAGCUGAGGAUGCUCUGCAAGAUGGAGGAGGCAAAGACCAGAGACCUGAAGGCAGAUGUCCAGGCCCUCAAAGAGAAGAUCCACGAGCUGAUGAACAAGGAGGACCAGCUCUCCCAGCUGCAAGUGGACUACUCCCUACUCCAGCAGAGUUUCCUGGAGGAGGAGGACAAGAAGAAGAGCUUGAGCCAGGACGUGAUCAAUCUCACCAAAGAGCUGGAGGUCACCAAGCGGUACAGCCGCGCCUUGCGUCCCAGUAUGAAUGGAAGGAGGAUAGUUGACGUCCCUGUCAACUCCACCGCAGUCCAGACAGACGUGGUGGUCAGUGAACCUGCUGAGGAGGACACACCUGCAGUGUUCAUCAGGAAAUCUGUCCUGGAAGAGAACCAUAUCAUGAGCAACCUGAGGCAGAGGGGUCUGAAAAAGCCUGUAACUGUGCUGGAGCGCUACCCCCCAGCAACCACCGAGCUGGGCAUGAGAAAAUCAUGGAUCCCCUGGAUGAAGAAGAAGGAUGCAGUGACGAUCACUCAGACCACCCCAGAGAAGACUCCAAACCCUCAGGACAACGGGGACUCCUCCCCUCGUCCACCAGGGCUGUCCAUGUCCCAAAAGCCAGGCCAGCCGUUGCACAUUCGAGUAACCCCUGAUCACGAGAACAGCACUGCCACUUUGGAGAUCACCGGCCCUCGUGCUGAGGACUUCUUUUCCAGCGCCACCAUCAUCCCCACAUUGGGCCUGCAGAGGCCUCGCAUCACCAUUGUUCCCAAGCCCCCCACAGUGUUCUCAAAGAGCAAGCCGGGUGAGGGCGUGAUGGGGGGGCCUGAGCAGUGCAAGUCCCCAGUCACCAUCACCACCAUCUCCAGGGCCAAGUCCCCAGAUAGGAGUAAGGGCUCCUCCUACUCAGAUUCGAACAGACCCCUCUCCCCCGUCUCCAUCAUUACAGUGAGCACCACUCCUGUGACGGAGGCCUUUGCCUCCGCAUCCCCAGAGCCCCAUGACAUGAGCACCAUGGGCCGGGCUGUGUUCAAAGUGACCCCAGAGAAGCAGGCAUUGCCUAUGCCCGUCAGAAAAUACAACUCCAACGCCAGCAUAAUCACCACCACGGAGGACAACAAGAUCCACAUUCACCUGGGACCUCAGUUCAAGAGGCCAUCAGAUGUCAGCAGUAGCAGCCCCACAGUGACGGUCAGGCCCCUUAGUGUGAGCACAGAGAGCAAGGAGGCACCCCCAGGUACGGUGCUGCGCUCCCCGCGUCACCCCAACAACAUCACCACCGCUCCUGGGAAGACCACCCCCAACAAAUUGACCAGCAGCAUCACCAUCACCCCCAUCACCUUGGCACCGACCAGGCCAACUCAGUCUGUGUUGCUUCUGAAAUGUUUCAAAAUGAUAUCAGGUGGUGUCUGCUCCCUAGAUAGCACUCUUUCCAGCCCGGGGCGGAUGUGCAGUCAACUCGUGCCGCAGCCACACGAAUCCCUAUGUCAAAAGGUAUGAAAACAGGCAAGGCAGUUGUGACAGGUGUCUCUACUGUGACACGGUUAGAGUCGCGAGCCGAGUGCCAGUCAAUGAAAAUUGAACUGAGGAGGUCGACAGUCUGCAGCUCUACCUCCACAGGCGGAGGGAAGUGCUGAGGGCCACACGCUGCCAUGGAAAUGUGGCCCCGCUAUCUGUCUAUGGACUCAGUCACCCAUCAUUCAAUUCUGACCAGUCUGUUGCCAGCCAAAAACGUAUAGAAUAGGUAGGUGUUGCAGGCACGUUAAUCUGCUCAGAUACAAACAGGAACACAGAAUAGCUAUAUCAGACAUGUCCCUUUUCUCCUUUUUAAACAUUGGGGUAAAAAGCAUUGAAAUUGUAUUGUAAUUAUGAAUGUUUUCCCCAAAAAAUAUUUUUAUAUCCAUGUUGAAAUGCUUUUUGUUUUGAUUGACAUGUUACUAAUCCCUCACCUGGGUUGUCACACUUGAGUUGUUGAUAUUUCAUAAUUCAUGUUGAUAUUCUUGUUUAUUUCACAAUUUCUUAUGGAGGUUUCCGAAUACGGUCGCUCUAAUGGGUUUUGCAUAAAAUACAUUUAGGUUGUCAUCAACGUCACUAAUUUGUGGCACCAAAUUUAAAAAUUAAUAAACAUUAUUUGGAAUAAAGUAUGAUACUGUU